AUGGCAACCUACGUACCCAUUAUCCAUUCUCAGGGCGUGAUAACGCGGUCGGCUAUAAAAUCAACUUCCAGAGAGAAAGAAAAGACUCCAGCAACUGAUAUUUCGUCAUCUAAAUCAAAGACUAAUUGGGGGUUUCACAUGCCGAAGAUGAAGAAUGACUUUAUCAUAAUACAGCGUAUUUCGCGGUUCAAGUUCUCUAAGUUGGGCUCUUCAAAUACCCAUGAGACUCCAGUUAUCAAGAAUCAGCUUGCGGCAAUUGCGUCCGUUGGCCCUGUAACACCAGUUAGCCACAUCACAAAAGAAAGACAAAUGAUUAAAUGUAGAGAUAAUAAUUUUCAAACACCACUAAAUCAAAUCAAACCAGUUUUGCAGAGUCAACAAACUAAAUUUUCUUCAUUGCUAGCAGCAUCUUUUUCCCCAGAAGCAAGUCUCUAUAAAGAACAAUUCAGGGCCGAAGGAUAUAUCUCUGGUCCUGAUGGAAGAAUAAUAGAAGAAUUCGUAAACAAUAUGCUGGCCACACUAGCAGCAAUGUAUCCCCGAUCAGCAUUCGAGCUACUUUCAAUGCGAAAUAAACUUUUGUCUGAUCUCACAAAAAUUCAGGCCUCAAAAGAAGAUAAUAAGGUACAGAGUAAAAAAAGAAAUAAAUUUAGAGAGCUAAAACUUAAGUCUCAUCUUGACGAACGAUUUGGAAUCUUAAAAAGACAUAUAGAUUUGAAUAAUGAUAUACCCCCCGCCAUUGAGAGGGGAGUUAAUGAUGCUGAAGGGACAGAACUCUUAUUUAAGGAAGCAAUAAAAUCUAGCAGAGAGCACACCAUACCAAUUAAUGCAGAAGGCAAGAAUAAAAUAGAUAAGAUGCCUACAGAACGGAGAAAAAAUAUUGAACUUGGAAGGCUUACUUCUCCCCAGUGA